AACGGCGAGCGGAGCAACCAUAAAGCCACUGAUAUAGUCAAGCGACCAGCCAGCAGUUCAACAAGCAAUAAGGAUAAUGCGUAGCUGGUUUUUAUUUGGAUUAUAUACGCUGCUAAUCGCCGCAACAGUUGGCCAACCGCUGCAGCAAAAUGAGUCUGGAAAAACUGAGGACUCCGAAAGGGGCGAGCGAGUGAGUCGCCAAAUUCCCUAUCCAUACAUGGGCGGCUACGGCGGAGGAUACGGUGGUUACGGUGGAUAUGGAGGAUACGGGGGAUACGGAGGAUACGGAGGAUACGGGGGAUACGGAGGCAUACGUUCCUCACUUUAUCCGUACGGCAAUCUAUACGGCUCCAGCGGCUUGGGUCUGGCGGGCGGAUAUUAUGGUCGUCCUUAUGGUUAUGGCGGUGGCUAUAAUAUUGGAUAUCCGGCCAUUGGCGGCUUUGGUGCCACUGCCGGCGGCAUCUAUGGUGUCAGUCCAUUUUCCCCAUUCGCUUAAGUGGCUAUACGAAAUAAAAAACCAGUACAAAAAAACUUAACCUUUUGGCAAAUUUAGCUAAAAA